AAUUCGAAUGUACAAUGUAAAGAAAGUCUUGUUUCUGGACGACUUUCUUAACGGAAGUAUCGAAUUCCAUUAUUUUAUUUAUUCGAAUUAUUCUAUCGCAUGUUUGUGUUCUGUAGUUCGUAUCAAUUGUAUUCGAUAGUUGUCGAUUGUUCCAAACCGAAACCGAGAUCCACAGAUUAUAGAAGCAUCAUGGCUUGUGUUUUGUUCAGUAGAAAUUUGUGUCUUCAGAAAUUAAUUUGUCUGAAGCAGUCUGUGUUGAAAUUGGCUACAGUUACUGUUACUACUUCGUGUAUCCUGCAAUUGGACCAGAGGUGGAGGAUAGAACGGAAAUUACCAGUGAACCCAAAUACUUGUGGUAUUCUAACAGACAAGCCGGAUUACUCAUAUCUUGAUGGCAGACCAGCCGAAAUUGGUGUUGGAAUGAAACGGAGAGUUGAGAAACAGAAGGAAUAUGCAAAAAAGAUAUGGACACUGUCAAAGGAGAUUGAUUUUGCUGUAGAGAGACAUAAGGCACUGGUGCAAGAGAAGAAAGAGGAAAGACAGCGGAAACUUGACAGCAAAUUGAGGCCCAAAGGACACCUUUUAUUAAAAUCUAAAAAAUAAAUACAGAACUUUUGGAUUUCUUUGUUGUUAGAUUUGCUACAAUUGGAAACAGCUGCAUUCGUAUGUACAGGUGCAUGAAUUGUGCAAUUUUUCAUCAAAUGUAUGAUUAUAAAUAUAUUUAUUAUUAAAAAUAUUGGCCUUUGGAGAAGUUUUUUUUUAAUUGGGGUUAUUUUUACUUGGUGUAUAACUGAUAGCCAUUAUAGAUUGUUUUCUAGGUUUCUAAUGAAGGCCCCCCCACCCCAUUUUUCCAGUAAUUGUUGGGUAUCUAAAAAUAGUCUGAAGUAGCAGUGUUCUUACUUGUUUUGGCUGGAUUUUGCAUUCUGUACAGGUUAUUGUAAUGGCUUCCCACAUGAUUCUGUUCAUGCAUAUAGUAGUUCUGUUAUAUAAUCUGUAUUUUUUUUGUUUGGUCUCAAAGAAUCUUGCCCAUUAAUCAUCACACAAACUAGUGCACAGUUUACUUCAUUUGCUUUGAAUGAAUGUUAUUUUUAUUAUGCUGUUUGCAUGUUUUGUUACUCUUUAACCUAUACAAAUUUUUUCAUCUAGUCAUACAAAAGAAUUUAAAUGUAUUUGUUUUUUGUUUUUAAAAUAUGUUGAAACUCUUUCCUUGUAUUGAUAGUCUUUCAAAUAUCAAAACAGUCAGAAGGAGUAUUUUUUGGGGAGAUCAUUUCCAUUUCUCCAUCCAUCUUUGUAUAUAUCUGAAACCUCUGAAUGGAUUUUGAUUAAAUUUGGCACCAUACAUCUACACCAGAUGAUGUAAGGUGUAUUUAA